AUGAAACGAGCUGAGCAACUUGAAGAAUGUUUGUACUUUAUAAUUAUUCUUUUUACAUUUCAGAAUACACAAAUGACUACUUAUCAAUUACGUCUAGGACUGGAUUUAAUUGAAAAUCAUUUUGAUAGUACAUCAAAACAAAUAACAUCUUAUCUGAAUCGUAAAGGUCCGUUGCAACUUGGUAUAAUAGCACGUGAUUUAAAAUUAUCGAUUUCAACCGUUUCACAAUGUUUAUCUGUUUUAUGUAUACAUGAUAUCGUCGAAUAUAAACAAGAUGAUUCUAAUUCAAAACGUGUUUUGUAUAUGUUCAAUGUAAAACGUGCUCUGUACAUAUUACAUUAUGCAAAAUGUAUUCAUUGUGCUAAACAAUUGUAUCAUGGUACCGGUGAACUUAUUAUUGAAAAAUUACUUUUACAUGGUAAAAGACAAAUGAGUCAGAUAUUAGCGGAUGUAUAUAACACAUUGAGUAAAGUGUUCAAAGAUUCUGUUAGUAUUACAUCAAUUAGAGAUUGUUUUCAACAUUUGGCUUCUGCUCAAUUUAUUCAACGUGUUUCAACUAGUAAUCAAGAAUCAAAGCAAAUGUCGAAUAUGCCGAUAAUUGUUGAAGAAGCACCAUCAACUCAAUACCAAGUACCAGAACUAACACAAGAUGAAGUAAAGCGAUUAGCAACCACUGAACCACAACCAAAUAAAAAAUUCAAAAGUAGUAAUAAUACAAAUAGUUUUGGCGAUGAAAAUAUUUUUUGGAAAGUAAAUUUUCAACGAUUUUUCGAUUAUUUACGUGAUCAAGAAUUGAUUAGUGCAUUUACAAGUAGAAUUGAUCAAAAUGCUGGAGAAAUCAUUCGAGCUAUUCUUCGUUUGGCUGAAACAAAACCACAGCCGAAUUCUCAACGAACAAUUAAACUUUCGACUCUAGACAUAUCAAAAAGUUUAGCCACAACCAAUCCAUUAUCGGAAGAUUUAAUACAGAAAUAUAUGAGUGUUAUAACUGGAGAUGUUAAUAAUUGUGUUAUCAAAGUUGAUGAACAAGGAAAAGGAUCGUAUAUUAUAGAUUUUCAACUAGCAUCAACUGGUUUGACAAAAGCACAUGCACAAUCAUUUCUAAAAGAACGUUAUGGAUCAAACGCAUUACGAAUCUACAAUAUGUUGGAAGAACGAGGCUGUCUAUCUCAGAAACAGAUUGAAGAUAUGGCUAUGAUUAGCGCUAAAGAAGCUCAACAAUAUGUAUAUUCAAUGUUUAUCGAUGGAAUAUUAUCAUUAGAAGAAUUGUCAAAAGCGAAUGAUUUUAAUCCGAUGAGAACAUUUUAUUUUUUUCGAGUAAAUUUAUAUAAUGUUGUUUUAUCACUUCUGGAACAAUGUUACAAAACAAUGUCUAAUCUAAUGCAACGUCAUACAUACGAAACUGAACGUCAUCAAAAGCUAAUUGAUAAACGUGAAAAAGUUGAUAAAAUUAUUCUUGAUAUGCGUGAACAAUCGGUGGCUGAAGAACAAAUUAAGGAAGUUGAAGAUAUCUUAUCACCAGCUGAAAAAGAUCAAAUAAAAAAACUAGAUGCAGCAUUUCGAAAGAUUGAUUUGGCUCAAAUACAGUUAACCGAAACUAUUCUCAUUUUAGAAAUAUAUUUAACACUUUCUAAUAGUUCCGUUCCAAUCUCUAAAAAAACUGGCGGCAAGGCCAUAGCAGCUAAACUGUUGGAGAAUAAAACACAAGAUUGA